GAUGGGGUGGCCCCUUCCCCUACUUCCACCCCUUCCCCACACUUCCCCACAGCACACAUCCGGGCUCACGUGCCAUCACUGACGUUCCCUGUCUCCGCCGAGCGCUCGGCGAAACCCUCGUAGUGACCACGGAUGUAGUCAGCCACGUGGGAUGCUGUCUCUGUCUCACUGCCAGCCAUGCGGGAUGCUGUCUCUGUCUCUCACUGCCAGCCAUGUAGUGAUGCCGGAAUUCCGGCACUGUGCGUGAGCAGCAGAGCGUGAAGGUUUCUCUCAAGUGCGAGUUGUCUGUCGGCAUGCUCCGUCUCCUGCAUGGGUGUCGGUCCUGAUGGCAGAUGACGGUGUGGAGCGCACGCAAAUGUUGAGAGCGCAUGAUGCCCGGUGAUGGCGGACGACGGAGACAGUCGCCAUGUCCUCUCCUCCGCACUCCUCCCACCCUGGCCCGCACCCUGGGUGUCCUGUGUCCUGGUCGCCUGCGUCUGCUGCCCCUAGCGCUGCAUCCACACCUCAAGCGACGACUGCUGCAUCCCCGCCUGCACGCGCGCUGCAUUUGUGCUGCUGUCAUCACCGUUGUCUCCAUGGUCAUCUUCAUUAGCUACAAAGCUCCUUCACAGUACGGCAUCAUGGGAUGGCUUCCCUGGCCUUUUGGAGCGAGCGCCCCCUGUGACCUGGUCUGCCCGGCGUUAACAAGUAACGACCUCUGGCGACCCGUGGCGAUACCUUCCGAGCACAAGUGUCUGCAAAUGGCGAACCUUCCGGUGCCGUGUCCCCCUAACAGGACCUUCUCGAUCUGCUCGAGAUGCCUCCCAUCGAGUUUCUGCCCAACUACAAAGCUCCUUGCUGGUACGAGAACCUGCCGCUUGGUGACCAGAUCCCGGGUACCCCGUACACCCGCAAUCUCUUCACGUGCUUCUCACCCAACGCGCGCACGCUGUUUCUGGAGAUGCACGCGGAGUGGGCCGUCAGCACCCAGCUGGCUUCGAACCCCAAGCGUCUGAGGUGUCUGCCCUACUUCUACAUCGCCGGCAUGCCCAAGUGCGGCAGCACCGACCUGUACCGCAAGGUCACUCAGCACCCGGAGGUGGUUCGGCCUCCCAUGAAGGAAAGCCAUUGGUGGAGCAAGAACAGGUUCGGAGUUCGUCUGAACUACUCCUCGCUUAUCCCCCUUGACCAGUACGUGGAUCUGUUCGACAAGGCGGCGCUGAGAAUCGAGAGCCAUGCCGUGGAGGUCACGUCCACCAGAAAGCGCUCAAGUCUGGUGCCCACCAACCUUACCAUCCCAUGGUCACAGGCACUUAAUAAAUGUGACGGCAGUGCCUCCACGCUGUGGGACAACGACGACUGGUGGCGGCUGCCGGAGAACUGCGGGCGCGAUGAGCCGCUGUACACCAACGCCAACUACAUCCGCCACCUGACGCCGCACGCCAGGGUCCUCGUCAUCCUGCGACAACCCACAGACAGGUUGUUUUCGGAUUACUUAUACUUCCAGAAGACCAACAAGUCGCUGGCGGAGUUCCACGAGCACGUGGUCCUGUCUGUCAGUAAGCUCAAGUCGUGUAUGGAGCAGUUGUCCCUCAGGGCCUGUGUGUACGACAAGCGCAUAGCCAGCGGUGUGAAGGUGCGCCUAAGGGUGGGGAUCUACCAUGUGUACCUGGCCGAGUGGCUGAAGGUGUUCCCUCGGGACCAGAUCCUGGUCAUCAGACUGGAGGACUACGCCAAGAACCUCAAGCAGACGACACGACGGGUCUACGACUUCCUGGGGCUGCGCAAACUGUCGCGCGAGGAGGAAGACAAGAUUCUCCAAAGCCCGAUCGCCAAUGCCCGCAAGAAGAAGGACAAGGACCUGGGGUUCAUGUGGGAGGACACCCACCGUCUCCUGCGCGACUUCUACCAGCCGCACAACGAGAAGCUGGCGGACCUGCUGGGUGACCCCCGCUUCCUGUGGACCGACGUGCACUCGCCCACCAACGGUUCCACCGACCACCCGGCGGGCGCCGACAACCACACAGAGUCAGUGAGAGCGAAGACGAUAACCUGGCGGCGAGCAGUUCGUUCAUCGUCCACCCUGUGAUGGAAGCCGGGGAGCCUGCGAAUGGUGUCUACCUGGCCAGACCUCCGGAGAGGACCCGAGGGCUAAAACGCUGGGUGUGUCUUCCAUUAACCUGGACCAAGUUGCUGCUGAUCCUGGGUACAGGGCUGUACGGGUGGACGACCAGGAAGACGAGGGGUACGAUGCUUAUGAGGAUGCCGAUGAGUACAAUGGACGAUGAUCAGACUGACGAAAUCAGCGACGAAAGUUGUCGUCGUCGUCGCAGUUGAAGCUGUCGUCAUUUACAUGUCUGCGACUAGUGGCUUCAGGUGGUGCGACCCGUUUGUGAAUGUAGGUUCAGGUGUUACAGCAGUCGCUCUCUCCUGUAAAUGGUGAGGUCAUAGUUCAGCUGUCAUCACCUACUGCCUUGCACUCGAACCUGUGAAUGCUCUCCAUUCAGUUACAAGGAAGUUCGACAUACUGACAGUCUGCUCAUUGCAGUCUUGUACAGACCUGCUCGCCAGACUACAGUCCACUCAAAACUUUUCUUUGUGGUCUAUCAAGGGCGUGGAUAUCGUUUGACUCAUCAGAGGCUCAACCCUGCGGUUGGUGACUGUGAUUACAGAAUUUACACAGAUGUCAAGGAAGGACAGUGUUCCAUGUGAGAACAUGCUCCGCUGUGUGUGGGUGGAUGUGUUUAUUAUCUUAUAAACUGGAGUUUGAGUGUGUGUAUAACCUUGUAUAUUUGUGACGUGUAUAUGUCAAUCUUUUAAGACAGAGAGAGAGAGAGAUGCAGAGUGAAGGGAUACAAAAAAAACUCAAACGUAUGAAAAAAGUAGCUAGUAUCAAUGAGUCCGGUGUCUGUUAUUUCUCUCUCAAUUCAGCAUUUAUACCCGUGAUACCAGUGUGUUUGCAUCGGUAUGACCUUCAUCUUUGUGCCAGCCACGUGCACGCGCUUGAAACCAUUGUGUGUGAAGACAGGAAAGAAAAGAUGAAAAUGUCGAUUCGUCAGUCGGUGCAGUGGACCACAGUCUGCAUUUUACUUACCCCCACACAUUUUAUGUCAUCCUGUUUAAUAUACUUCAACGGUAGUGGCUUUGGAACAGGAGUAUGUGAAACGACACCACUCAUCGACGAAAACAUCUUCCUCUUGAGUCUUGAGCUACCGACCAAGGGAGAUAAUGCGACUUUAAUGUACCUUAACCAUCACAUGUUUCAUUCCUUGAGAUUUUGUUUCCUCCUGUUCAUUUUUUCAAUUUCUUUCUCACACGGUCUCCCCCACCCCAACACACAAAUACAUUGUAAUUUUGUAAUUUUGUUACUAGGACAGUGGAGUUGUUUCCCUUUCGUCAAACUUUCCUACAAUGGUGAUGCAGUUGUACGCUGCAUCCAACCUCUUCUCGUCAAAGGAGCGACUGAAAAUAACAGAAUCCAAUAGGACUGAAAAAAGCAGCCAUAUGGUCUACUCAUGAACUGCAGUGCGAACUGCGAAUUAUUUAAAACUGUUUUCUGUGCUGUGUCUGCUGCUGAUUGUGAACGUGUGAUGAGUGAACGAGUGAAAGAGUUCGUGUACAGUGGACUGUGAGCACGAGACAAGUUUACAUUGACUGUCGGGGCUGUCAAGAUGAACCAAAAAUGGACAUCCUCUUCCAGAUAUGUUUUUCAACUGUAAACUGCAGUUGUUACGAAGGCGUCGAUCAUAAAUAAACAGUUGUUGUUGUUGUUA